UGAUUGACGACAUGAGAAAUGCAGUUCCGUUAACUGAAUUAUUAACAAAACAGACAGAGAUAAACUGUGUGGCCUAAAGCUGUAAUACUGACAGAGAGUGAAUGAAUUUUGAACCGUUUGUCGGAUUCUGAGGUUCAAUAUUCAGUGUACUGUCGAAGGUGUAGAAAAACUCUACCACAGAACAAAGACUUGGCUACUGCCGUACUAACGCUUUUCGAAACAAAGACAGCUGGGAUCUGUGUUAUUUUUUUCCCUGAUGUCAGAUACGAUAUAUAGCAGGUACUCUAGCGGACGGCUUUGUCUGGCUGUCAGAAUUAGCAGGGGAGGUCAGAUUUAAGCAGCGCUUUACUACUGUCAUUCAGCGUACUGCUGUCAAAGGUUGAGCCGAAGUAAACAUAGACUUUGUAAUGUAGAUCAGAUGAAGUGGCAGUACCGUACGUUUUGUUUAACCUCAGUCCAUACAGCGAUACCCAUGCCAGUGGAUAAAAUACGACUGGCUGACUUUUGUGCCCCAUAUGAGUGAGUUGGAGAAAACUAUGUCAUUGACAGAAGUGGGCGUUGGAUAUCUCUGCGUUCUGUACACUGCUGUACCUCUUUUUGGGGCUUGAUGGAUUUAUUGUUCUACUCUGAAGUGAAGUACAGAACACAUAACUAAUGUGGGAUUCUGUCUCCAGAUUCUGUCAAGAUUUUCUGUGAGCAGUAAUAUACUUGAUGAUGUGUAUAUUUUCCUUUUUUUAGUCUCUCUGAUUACUAGUGACUGCUAAAGUUUUUGAGAAUUUUGCACUUGUAAGCGACAUGGAGUUGUUCUCAAGAUAUUUUGGCUUGCAGUAUUCCCUGGUGUCACCUAUACUCACAGUAUUGUAUUUGUUAAUCUCAGAAGUACCACUGGGCAGUGCCAAGUUCUGCACCAAACUUAUGUCAGAAGAAAGAAGGAACACCUCCAUAGUGCAGGUACCCUGUGUUCAGAAGUUCGAGCACUCCUGCGGGACAUUUAUGUCCUUUGAUUAUUGUACAUAUUACAGAAAAGGCAUGUGUGAGAAGCAAUUGAACUUCACCUACAACUGGUACUACGCAGUCCAGGAAUGCUGUCCAGGAUACUACAAAACUCCGGAUGGAAAUUGCAUAGCACCAAAAGACGCUGCAGAUAUUCCCAAGCAUUUGCAAACUAAUGAGACCAGGUCAAUCGCAGAAAAGCAUCGCAGCACACAGCAGGUGCAGCUGUCACCCGGAGCGUAUGCUGGGAUUGCAGCGGCGGCCGUUGCUCUGCUGUGUGUCGUGGGGAUCAUCAUAGUUGUGUUAUAUAGACGGCAACAGAAGAAACCUAGAGAAACAGAAGUGGAGUUAGAACAGACAGUAGGCUUGCAACAAGGUGCCUCAGCUGAGGCAAAGGCAGAUGCUGCACAGAGUUAGCCGGACAAGAAAAAUGUGUCAGUCAUGUAUACUAUCUCAGCAUCAUUUCACGUCAACUCUUGUACACAAAAGCAGAUGUGUUGGAACGUCGCUUUGACUGCAUGUCGCUGUGUGACAUUGUGGCACCUGGCAUGGUUUGCAAACUUCCUGCUCAAAAACUUUUCCGAGGAAAUAGCAGCCAGUAUUCAGCUUAGUGUUGAAACUCAUGUUUUGAGCAGUCUCUUAAAGUGCCAAAGAAAGGAAUAGUGCCUCAAAUUCCAGCUUUUGACUGACAAAGAAUUAUCACUGGAUGUUUGUUAGUGUUGUGGGGGGUUUGUUAGUGUUGUGGGGGGUUAUUGGUGUUGUGCGGGUUUGUUAGUGUUGUGGGGGUUUGUUAGUGUUGUGGGAGUCUGUUGGUGUUGUGGGAGUCUGUUGGUGUUGUGGGGGUCUGUUAGUGUUGUGGGGUUUGUUCGUAUAGAUGUAAUGGUGGACAUUAAAACACAGUAUUAUUUUGAUAACAUACAACUGUCCAGCAUGAAUGGAAACAGAUUGUGGAAGAUGUGGAUUGCUCCCGUGGCAGAAAAAAGCUUGAUUUGUGGACAUGUAUGUAAACAGGAAACCUGUGAUUGGUGAUAUAGGAUAAAGGCAUGUCUGCCACAGGGAAAGGUCUGUUCUGAAUUUCACAGGCUGACGUCAGUCUAAACAUAAAGUAAAAAGUGGGACAGUUUGAAUUCCAUCAUUGACAGUGGCCUUUCUUUGUCAUUACUCUUGAUGGUCCCCUCCCCUUGCCCCCUGUUGAUAGAAUACCCCUCUGUCUACCCCAGUGCUGAUGACUAACAAUGAGAUCACAUGUCAGCAUCAACACAGUUCUGAGUGUGGUGUGAAACAGUAACGUGUAGUUUAAGACAAUUCUGAGUAUGGAUUAAAACAGUCGUGUGUAGUUUAGGUCAGGUCUGAGUAUGGAGGAAAACAGUCGUGUGUAGUUUAAAACAAUUCUGAGUAUGGAGGAAAACAGUCGUGUGUAGUUGAGGUCAGGUCUGAGUAUGGAGGAAAACAGUCGUGUGUAGUUUAAAACAAUUCUGAGUAUGGAGGAAAACAGUCGUGUGUAGUUUAGGUCAGGUCUGAGUAUGGAGGAAAACAGUCGUGUGUAGUUUAAAACAGUUCUGAGUGUGGAGGAAAACAGUCGUGUGUAGUUUGGGACAGGUCUGAGUAUGGAUGAAAACAGUCGUGUGUAGUUUAGGACAGGUCUGAGUAUGGAGGAAAACAGUCGUGUGUAGUUUAGGACAGGUCUGAGUAUGGAGGAAAACAGUCGUGUGUAGUUUAGGACAGGUCUGAGUAUGGAGGAAAACAGUUGUGUGUAGUUUAGCACAGGUCUGAGUAUGGAGGAAAACAGUCGUGUGUAGUUUAAGGCAGUUUUGAGUAUUGUGUGGAGCAGUUGCGUGUAGUUUAAGACAGUUCUGAAUAUGGCGUGAAGCAGUUGUGUGUAAGACAGCUCUGGUUUCCCACGGGGAAUGCCCAGUUUCCUCCAACCGUAAUGCUGUCAGCUGUCGUAGGAUGAAUGAAAUAUUCUUGAGUGCGCCAUAUAAGACCAUUCUAAUAAAUAAAUAAAUUAUACUAUGACCCAUAUAUCAAGGAAUGGCUGAUUUCUUAGUGUAUAUAGUUGCUUUCAUUGAGGAGAUUGUUGUCAGUGCCAUAGACAUGAAAGUCAUCAGUUACGGUUACCAGAAUGUUUGGAUAUUUUGAUAUUGCCCCUUUGCGCCAAAAUAUAUAUGUUUGUGUUUGAAAGAGCACAGUGUCAUGGUUGACUCAGAAAAUGUUUGGUUUUGUAACACUUGGCCAAAGAAGUUUAGAACCUUGAGAGCAGAUUUUCAUAUUAAUUUGGGAACUUAUUUAGGGAGUGCGUACAGAUUAAAUUUAGGGGCUGUGUACAGAUUAAAUUUAGGGGCUGUGUACAGAUUUAAUUUAGGGAGUGCGUACAGACAAACCACCUGUCGGUUUGCUUACACUUAAUUUGGCUUAGUUACAUAUCAGUUUUGUUCAGAUUUGUUGCAGUACGUUAAAAAUGUUUGAAUGAUUGCUAUACAUUUGGAAAAUAUUUGGAUCCUUGAUUUUGAUAGAUGAGGUAACAUUUUGUCUCAAGAAGUAAUAUUGUCAUCUAACUAUGCAACGAAUCUGAGUUUUUGGAGUGAAAGUUUCACCCUCGUGGCCUCCUGUCACUUUGGACAAUUUUGUUAGCAAAGUAGAAAACACAUGUACCAGUAGUUUGGAGAAAACUUAAUGGUGCAGCGAAUUUCUGUUUGUUUUUGUGGUCAGUCAGACAUUAAGCUAUAUUGACUUUGUCCAAAGAGGAUGUUUGUUUCAAGUAUAAUAUUGUUAAAUAAUAUGUUUCAAGUGUAAUAUGUAAAACGUUGUGUCUGACUUAAUAGAGGCCAUGCAGUAUUGACUUAUUACUUAAACAACACCGUUGAAGUUUGUAUGUGAGUCUCUUUAUGAUAGACUUAGAAAAUCCCCCCCCCCAAAAAAAAGACCAAGUGCGGUAAAGUGCGUACAUGUCAAGACAGGCAGUUGUCAGUUUUACUGUUAAUUAGUUAGCAUGCAGUUUUACAGUUGAUAAUUACAGAAUAUUUACGAGAAGCCGCCAUGGCACAUAGAUGAGACAAGCCACUUGUGAGCAGUUUAUUUUGAGUAAAUUUUCUUGUACAAAUUUUUAUGUUUUCCUGAACUGUAAAUAAUACCGGGUUGGUAUGUGCUUCUGAUGUGUUCAUAUGCUUCUGAUAGGCUUGUGAACAACAACGCUACAUUUUUUAUUGCUAUGUUUUCAUGAUAAGACAAUUUUUUCUUUGAUGUUUUUAGUUAGUACUAGUAGAAGGUUUAGAAGAUUGGUAUAUAAGGAGAUGCAAAUUCCACAUGAUAUAAUUUAUAUUUUUCAAAGAUAAUUACUAAGCGUACAUAAAUUACUUUAAAUUAUUCACCACUUUUUUCAUUUUUUAUUUAAUUUCGUGAAAAAGCGUUCGUUCUACACGAAGUCAGCAUUUGUUUUUGUAGGGUUUUAUGUUGUUUAUAAUCACAAGGUUACAAGAUAUUCUGCUAAAUAGUCCUGCGCAGUAAACAAUGCGGUCGUUGGGAGAUCCAGUCCAGCUGAUGCUGGCUUUCUUUCCGAUCGCACGUGGGAUGGUCUUCCAGCAAUCUGCGGGUGGUGGUUGGUUUCCAGCUGCCACUGCUUGGUUUCCUUCCACCAAAAUGCUGACUGCCGUCUUAUAAGAAAUCUUGCUUGAGUAGGGGCGUAAUACACCAGUAAAAUAAGGAAAUAAACUCCGCAAAGCAAAUACAUGGACAUGUAGUAACAAUCAUGCUUUACUAGAUUUCAGUACAUUAUAUAGUCACUUUUUUUUCAUUCAUCCGGUCGCCACGAUAUGGUGGAAAUAUUGUUGAGGUUACGUUAAGCCAUAAUCUUUCAUUCAUUCAACAUCCGGACGUAAUCUUGCUGAUUGUAGCACAGAUUCAUACCGCCGUUAAAACAGCCUGAACCUUGCCGCCGUCAAAGAUAUUUUCCUUCCAAACAUUGCUUUACAGUGACAAAACCUACUCUCUCCUCAACUUUCAUAUUUUAGACAGUCAGCAAGAUAAAGUCCGAAUAUUGAAUAAAGAGAUAAAUCUGUAUAAUUGUACAGUCCUAGAAAAAAGUUUGGAAUAUUGGUGAAUUUCACACCAUCUCCACGAAGAGCGUGGUUCGUUGCGUUCAGGUCAAUAAUCUGUCGAUUGGUUUCACUUGGACUAGUCUCUAUGAUGCAUUAUCAAUAGUUUCCUCAAACCAAAACAUGUCUAAAUGUUAUAGGAGACGAGUUUUUCACGAUAUUCUGAAAGCGCCCCAAACAAGUGCAGAAAUUCAGUGAAAUCCAUGUAUUUUAUUACGAGCUGUAACUUUUAUUCGAUUGGAAAUAUGUCUACAAUACUUGGUAAGUUAAAUAUGCAAAACACUAACAAUACAGAAAAUUAAUUUAGUACUUGGUGUGCCCACCCCUCGCAUUGUACAAUGCGCGCACACGUCUUGGCAUACUGGCAACUAAGGAAGUCAAAGUUUCUUCCGGUAUAUCUCUCCAGCAAGUGAGCACAGCACGAGUUAGUUCAGCCACGUUCGUUGGGGCUUCAUCCAGGUUAUUCAAUCCACGGGAAACUUCCGCCCACAAGUUCUCAAUUGGGUUCAUAUCCGGUGAAAUGGCUGGCCACUGCAUGUGCUCAACACCCUCCUGUUCCAGAAAAUUCCGUAUCAGUUCGGUCCGGUGCGGCGUGGCGUUGUCGUCCUGAUACACAAAGUUUGCCCUGAAUUGUUGCUGAGCAAAUGGGAUAAUUAUCGUUUCCAGAAUCCGUUGAUAUUGGUGCUGGUUCAGGUGUCCAUCCAAGACGUGCAGGUCGCAUUUACCAGUGCUAUGAAAAGCACCCCAGACGGUGACCCCACCGCCCCUGUCUUGGACUCUGGGCAUGAUGAAAUCUUCGUUCAGAGCCUCGUGAGCCUAACGACGCACCACCACACGGCCAUCUUCCCGGUAGACGACAAAACGAGACUCAUCACUGAAUAUCAAGUGUCGCCAGUGUCCCACCUGCCAGUUCAGGUGUUCCCGCGCCCAGGAUAAGCGUGCCUGGCGGUGUCGACGCUGUAGCAAAGGCUUCCUCUUAGGCCUCCUUACCAAAUACCCAGCAGUCAACAGUCUGGAUCGCACUAAGGAGCUUGACACAGGAGUAUUGGUAAAUCUCAUCCAGUCAGCGCGUAUCUGGUUGGAACUCUUCGUACGGCCAUUGCGGCAAAGUCUCACCAGAAACCGGUCCUCUCUCUCGGUGGUCUUUCGUGGCCGACCAGACCUCGGUCUAGGCGUCGGCACACCCGUCUGUCGGUGUCGCUUAAAGAUUUUGGAGACGGCUCCCUGAGUGACACCAAGAGCUGCUGCAAUGUCCUUCUGUUUUGCUCCAGCCAGGCUCAUACCAACGAUACGGUUGCAGACUGCAGCACUCAGUUGACGUCUCAUGAUCACAGCAGUAUUGUUGGAAACACUCUGGAGCACUGGCAUGCCUUAACCGAGCUUUUAUAAGAGUUACAAGGUUAAAUUAUAAUCAUGUCUGCGUACAUGACUUUUUCACUGAGAAAUGGAUGGUCAUGCUUUGUCCCAACUGUAAUUUUGCUCAGGUGACACAAGCAAUAAUGGUGUGUAUGAGCUGAAAGGGGACAUAAUCCACUACAUUUUCCACCCAAACAAGAAUGUGUGCAUUCAAUGUAAGGCGCACAAAAGUAUGUUUCUGGUAAAUGCUAUCAUCAGUGAAAACAAUAUUCCAAACUUUUUUCCAGGACUGUAUGAUCUCCUAUUAAUGGUAAAUGGAAUGGUCUUAUCAUAGAUUAAUCUGGCCAGUAUUGUUAAUUUUUUUAACAUUUGAAACUUGCAAUCAAUGAUAUUUUAUCCCCAAAACAUGAGAUUAAGUCUGAUUUUGUCCAUAAUCUACAAAAAAUGGGAAUUAUCAUGGUUUAUAAGAUUUCUUUGUUCUGAUAUUUACAUGAGGCUUUUCAAUUCUUGAGAGUAAAUCUGUACCUACAAAGGUAAAUACCCAAUUAUUUCUUUGUUCACUUCAUUCCAUUAAAUCUCUUUUUCUUUUUGGUAAAUACGCUCACAUUUUUUUUUAAAUUCUCGCAGCAUCUUCAUGUACCUGUAAUGUUGGGAAAAUAUAGUUGUGUUUAAAAAGCGCAGUGUUUUCUUUGGUUAAUUUUGUAGAGCACCAGUUUUCUUAAAACUUGUUAGUGCCAUCUUAGGCAA